GUUUUCAGAGCUGUUGGCAGCGACACUAGCAGCUGGUCUUCCGUCAACUCCACGUAACACGAGAAACCGUAUUCGUAUGGUGAGCAGCUCAACAUGUGGCACUUACUCUGUCUGACGGUCGUGCUACCGGCCGCUCACGGCCACAUGAAUCAGCCUCAGCAGGCCUUCGGCGUUCCGCAACAACAAUACGGUGCUCCGGUGCAUCAGGUGCCCCCUCAGCACCUACAACAGCAACAACAGUAUCCACCUCAGCAACCGAUGCAACUCGGUCAUCAAGCGCCUCAGGCAGGGAAUCUGCUGCGUGACAAGGCUCAGGUGCAGGACAGAGCCCAUAUCCAGGAGCAUCUUCAAGAAAUUCUAGGUGAUCAGGAUCUGUCCAAAAUGUCUGAGGACGAACUCCAGUUCCAUUACUUCAAACUACACGACAACGAUGACAACAACAGACUCGACGGCUUGGAGCUCGUGAAAUCUCUGAUUCACUGGCACGUGGAAGAACACAAGCAUUUGCAGGCUAGUCAGGGAACACCCACCCCACAACAGCAGAAUGCGGGCCACGCAACCACGAAGAUCUUCAACGAUGUCGAGCUUCAGCAGAUGAUUGAUCCCAUUCUGCAGAUGGAUGAUACGAACCGUGACGGUUACAUCGAUUAUCCGGAGUUUGUCGCCGCGCAGAAACAACGCGGCUUCUAGGUUCUGUCGUCUCAUCAUUCCCGAAGCAACCCCAACCGUGGCCUUCUUCGCCGUUCUCUUCUUCGGACUCAGGAAUCUCUCCGAGCGACAUUUCGACUUGAUUUGGAAGAGGAGGUUCUCACUUCCGGAGAAAGCCGCGACCGCUCGGAAACCUCCUCCACGAGCAUCGCGUUGUGUACUUACUUCUCCGAAGCCGGUCACAAAAAAGUAAUUGAUUGUUGCAUCGCAUGUUCUAGGUUCGGUACUCAGUGACUCUGAUAGAGCGGACGACUGUUUGUGCAAAUGGAUUAAUUGAAUCGUUCAGAAUCUCAACCCCUUCAAAUGAUGUAUGCGGGAUGUUUGAAGUGUUCAUAUGCAUACCGUGAAUAUUCCAAUACAGGCUUGGAAACCCAUAAUUUUAAAUUAUUCUGUGCAUCUCUUCUAUUAGAGGAGGCGUCAUCCUCCUUCAGGGCUCCAUCCUUCACUGGGACUAUAAUUAUCUUGAGGAAGGCCGCUCGCCUCAUCUA